AUUAAUAUAUUUGUAAUAUCCCAAUGAGUAGAAAAAUGAGAUUUUCUGACGUUUCGUGACUCAGUGUAAGCCACUUCUUCAGAGAAUAAAUAAUUAAAUCAAAGUUAAUCUAAGUUUAAAUAGUAUAAAAGAACAACGCAAGAAUAUUGUGUGCGAUCAAUCAGAAAACAGAUCUGAAUCCUUAAAAUUGUUGUAUUGUUAAAAAAAAGGCAAAACAAUGCUUAUCGAUGAAUGAUAUGCAAUGAUAUAAUGUGACCGAAUGAUAGCUGCUUAUAAGAUGAUUGGUCAAAGACGUUGUACGAUCUGUGAUCAAAGACAAGACCAGUAGUCUAUGAUGGACUUAAAAUUCAGGUACACUAAAGAAUAGGUCUUUGUCCUAUAAAAUAAAACGCUUGUACACAAAAGAUUAACAGAAAAAUAAAUGAUUAAAUGUCAUGGGCGGUUGGAAGGAAUCCGUUUUAUCGGUCACUUACAUUUCAAUUAGUUACAAACUUGCACAUCCUAUUUAAAGAUAACAACAAUAUUAUGAAUUAAUUAGAACCAUAAAUGUAAGCUAUUAGAUCUCACCAACUCAGUGGUCUAAAAGCAACAUAUUUAUCUAAAGGUCACGAGUUUAAUUCUAGAGGAGAUCGUAAAAAGUUUACUGUGAAGUCUCAUACCAGAACGAAAUAACUAUCUAGUGCUCUGUACAUUCCGGUAGUUGUCUAUCUGAAGUCAAUCAGUUCAUGAUGCCAAUUUUCAUCGAAAUUUUUUGUGUAUUUUAUUCUCAACUGUAUCAUCAUAUUCUUUAUCAAUUAAAAAAAAAUCAAGUAUGUUACAUAAGAUAUUGAUUUCAUAGUUCAUUACUUGUGACGUUACCAAUGUGAGUUUGUUUUUUCCUAAUAGCAGGGUAACAAACAGUAAAUGCAUUAGAAGAAGUGGAACAAUCCCUAUCCGAUAUGAACCAACAGAACAACAAAUAAAACUAUUUUGUAAUAAGUUCCCUAUUUUUGUACUCGAACCGCAACAUUCAAUUUAAAAAAAAAGCAUAUCUGUUGUGCCCAGUACACCGUAUUCUUAUUUCAGAAGCACUUACCAGUCCUAACUGUUGUGUUAUUGUUUCAGAUCAUUCCAGCUUCCAAGGAAACAUCAAUAUAUAUAUAAUGUACUACAUAUAUCUUUAAUAAACAAUCUAUGAUUUAUAUGACAUAACACAAUUCUAUAUUUUAUAUUAUUUUAAAUGUUCAAUAAUCAUUUAGAUCACCAUAGUGAUUGUUAUGAUCAAAAUAAUAAUGAUCAUGAUAGAAAAGAUGAUUACCAAGUGAAUAUUAUCCAAAAUUAUUCAGAACAAUAUUAUUAUAAUAUACAAUCAUUUAUACCACCCCCUUUAUUAUUAUUUACCUGGUCAAAGUUAAUGAGAACAGAAUUGUUUCAGAAAACUUUACAAAAUGUAAUUUUAUCAAAUUCUAAUUAUGUAAUUACUAGUUUACAAUCUACUAAUAGUCCGGUUAAUAAUAAUAAUAAUAAUAGUAAUGGUAAUAAUAAUAAUGGUAAUGAUACAAAUCCAGAUCUUAUCGAUUUAACUAAUAGAAAUGUCUUAAUUAAAAGAUGUUUGGUUAAAUUAAAUAGUUUAUUAUUUGAAUAUUUAUCAUCUAACAAAUAUUGGGCAUCAUUAUCAGCAUCAGCAUACCCAUCCCCAUCGUCGUCAUCGUCAUUAUCAUCAACGACAAGUAACAUUGAACCAUAUCAUCAGUUUAAUGUAUAUAAUAAUUAUGAAUCAAUAAAUUGUAAUAAUCUACAUGAUAACACUUUGAUCAACCAUAUAAAGCAUGAAAGUAAUCAUUUAAAUGAUAAUCUACCUCUUGAAGAAGCAACGAUACAAUUCAAUGAAAAUAAAGAAAUUUACUCAAAUCAUCAAAGUAAUAAUAAUAAUAAUAGUGAUUUCCUUAUUGAUAGUAGCCAUCAUUUAGAUUCAUAUAUGACUUCAUUUAAUGUACCAGAAAUAGAUCAUACUAAAUGUAACCCUUAUUGGUCAGAUUUAUGCAUAGAAAAUUAUCAUCCUGAAAUAUAUCAUAAUACAUUGUCAAAGAAUGAUCCAAUUUGGAAACAAACAUCACCGCCAUCACCGUCAUCACCAUCAUCAUCAUCAUCGCCGACAACAACAACAGCAACAGCACCAAUCAUUGAUUAUUCUUUUAAUACUGAACAUUCAAUUAUGAAUUCCUUAUUAAUCUCAUUAAACAAAACACAAUUACAGUCUACUUCGAAUCCAUUAACACCAUAUUUGCCAUCAUUAAAUUUGAAUGAAUUUCUAAUAGAUCAAAAUAUAUUCUGUCCAUUAUGUCAUAAAUGUUUUCGAUUUGAAAAAAAUUUAUUAAGACAUUUACAAAAAAUACAUUCAACUAAUACAGGGGAAUCAUUAUUAAAAUGUAAAUUAUGUAAUUAUACAACAAAACAUUAUAGUAAUAUGUAUGUACAUAUUAGAACACAUACAGGUGAUAAACCUUAUUCAUGUUCUGCAUGUGGUGUAACAUUCACUCAAGGAUCAUCAUUAAAAUUACAUAUACGUUCACGUCAUAAUGAUAAUAUUCAAUAUUUUUCAUUAAUACGUAAAUCAAAUAAAAAUAAUUUAACAAAAUUAUGGACAAGAAUAUUAAAAAAAGAUUUACCUAAAUUGAAAUCAUUCAAUUCUUCUUCUUCGACUUCUUCUUCUUCUUCUACAUGUUCCCCUUCUUCUUUUUGCUCUUCUUUUUGUUCUUCUUCUUCUUCUUCCUCAUCUUCUUUCUCUUCUUCUUCUUAUCACCAUGAUUUUUGGAAUAAAUGGAGACAUUCAUUGAAUAUUGAUUUAAAUCAUUUCAUUCAAACAAAAUAUAAUCAAUAUAAAAAUCAAUUCAAUUAUUUAUCAAUAAUAAAUAAUAAAAAUAUAAAAAAAUUAAUCAAAUCCAAUUAUUAUUGGAAAUCAAUAAAUUCAUAUUUUAAAAUAAAUAUACAUAAAAAAUUGAUGAAUAAUCAUCAUCAUCAUCAUCAAAAAUAUUUAAAUAAUAUUCGAUCAAUAAAUGAUGAUUUAAAAUUGAAAUAUCAAAUAAUUGAUCCACCCCCUUCAUCUUCUCCUCCUCUCCCUCCUCUACUUCCUUCCCUUUCUCCCCCUACGCAUCAUCAUCAUCAUGAUUAUGAUUAUAAUAUUGAUAAAAUAAAAUUGAAUGAACAAUUAAUAAAACAAGAAGAAAUCGAUAUGAAAUAA